CCCGCGGAGCUGACGCUUCAUACCCUCUGUAACUAUGGCGACACGAGCGAGCGUGAUGGACUGCUCGGUGGGAAGUAAGAAGCUGUCCCCCUCCCGCGUCAGGGUAGCGGUCCGGUUGAGGCCGUUCAUGGAGAAGGACGAUAAAGCGCAGCAGCCGUGUGUCAGAGGCCUAGACGCGCAGUCACUGGAGAUCGUCAACUGGAGAAACCAGCUGGAGACCAUGCAGUACCAGUUUGACGCGUUUUACGGGAACGAGUCCAGCCAGAGGGAGGUUUACUCCGGCUCCGUGUGCCCGAUCCUCACCAACCUGCUCAACGGGCAGAACGCCAGCGUGUUCGCCUACGGCCCCACGGGAGCAGGAAAGACUCACACGAUGCUGGGGAACCCUGCGCAGCCCGGCGUGAUCCCCAGAGCCGUCAGAGACCUCCUGCAGCUGACCCGGGCGGCCGGCGGCACUUCGGACAACUCCGGCUGGACCUACUCCAUCACCAUGUCGUACGUGGAGAUCUACCAGGAGAAGGUCAUGGAUUUACUGGAGCCCAAAAACAAGGACCUUCCGAUCAGAGAAGACAAAGACCACAACAUCCUGAUCCCGGGACUCACCCAGAAGACCAUCAGCACCUUCUCGGACUUCGACGAGCACUUCAUCCCGGCCAGCCAGAACCGCACCGUGGCCUGCACCAAGCUGAACGACCGCUCCAGCCGCAGCCACGCCGUCCUGCUGAUCAAGGUGCUUAAGACGCAGCAGGUGAUGCCGUACCGGCAGCUCACGGGAAAGCUCUACCUGAUAGAUCUGGCAGGAUCCGAAGACAACCGGCGUACCGGCAACCAGGGGAUCCGGCUGAAGGAGAGCGGAGCCAUCAACUCCUCCUUAUUCACGCUGAGCAAGGUGGUGGAUGCGCUGAACCAGGGGCUGCCGCGGAUCCCAUACAGAGACAGCAAGCUGACCCGGCUGUUACAGGACUCCUUGGGGGGCUCGGCGCACAGCGUCAUGAUCACAAACAUCGCGCCGGAGCAGAAGUAUUACUUUGACACGCUCACCGCGCUCAACUUUGCUGCCAAAUCCAAGCAGAUCAUUAACAGGCCCUUCUGCCAGGAGACGGUGCCGGCGGCCGUUCAGCCUCCGGCGAAGAGACUUCGGGAAGAUGCGGAAUCCACGUCGUCCUCUCGUCAGCUGAAAAAAUCCAAAACCGAAGGAGGGGACGAUUCCCCCAACCCUGAGGAGAACCGAGUCAAGCGCAAACUGAACUUGGCCUCCCUGGACCCGGCCGUGGUGGAAAGGCUUCUGAAACUGGACAAGAUCCUGACGGAGAAAGGCAUGAAGGAGACGCAGCUGCUGAGCACCCCCAAGCGAGAGCGCAUGGCCUUACUGAAGAAAUGGGAGGAAAGUCAGGUGGAGAUAGAGAGGCUGAAGGAGAAGCAGAAGGAACUGGAGCAGAAGGCUUUGGCUGCCGAGGCUCGUCUGGAGAAGUCAAACACCUCGGACUCGGGUUUGUCGGACUCCAGCGUGAACGAGAGCACCUUCCGGGCGCCCCUGAGAGGGAGAAAACGGGUCACCUCCACCGCCAAGUCCAAAAAGGUGGUCCGCGUCCUGCCCCUGCAGGAAAACAACCAGCAGAAGAACUCCAUUCUGGAAGAGGGUCUCCCCGUGUUUGAGAAGAAGACUCGGUCCGCGUGCGAAGGCCGCGAGAACGAACCCGGCUGGGAGGUGAAGAUCCGGAGCGACCUCCUGCAGAGCGGCCGCCAGAAAAUCCUCCACCUGCUGAACUGCGGCUCCGUCAAAGAACUAAAGUCGCUGCAGAAGAUCGGAGACAAGAAAGCCAAACUCAUCAUGGGCUGGAGGGAGGUCAACGGGCCCUUCACAAACGUUGAGGAUCUGGCUUCGUUGGAGGGAAUGUCUCUGAAGCAGGUCACUUCUUUCCUGAAGGCAAACAUCAUGACUAUGGUGACCAGCUGAGGCCGUGGCUUCCACCCAGACCCUGCGCGGCCCUCCGCGGGCUCCCUGGACCUGCGGAUCGUGAUUUCCUUUCGCUGCUUUGGGGUUAAACCCUCC